AUGGCUCACCCUAGUCCCCGGGAGAUCGAUGUCCUCACGGAGAAGGAAGAAGCUCAAGCAGUGCAGAUCGAACAUGCACCGUCUGUGAUUGGGUACGAAGCUGCGGAAGUGGAGCCGCGAAUGAACCUCCAGACAUGUCUGGCAUUUCUCGCUCUAGCAUCGCAGUACAACGCUUAUGUCCUGACUCUUCUUAUCCCGUCGACGACACUCAGCUACAUCAACGCCGACCUUGGUCCCAAUCCAAACUUCACAUGGAUUACAGUGUCUUGGACGCUCUGUGCAUCCUUUCUUAUUUCCAUCAGCGGCCGCCUCUCAGACAUCUUUGGACGCCGAUACUUUAUGAUCUGUGGUUCCGUGAUCAGUUUCAUUGGAACGAUUGUUGGAGCGACAGGCAAGUCCAUCAAUCAAAUGAUCGCUUCGGGUAUUUUGUUUGGACUGGGUUCUGGUUUCCAAGAGAUGGGGUACGCGGCAUGUCAGGAAAUUGUACCGAACAAGUAUCGCAUGUGGGCUAUUGGUAUCUUCGAUAUCCUGGGUAUAAUCGGCCAGUUGGGUCCGAUCGUCGCAUACACGUUCCUAGCGAAGACGGAGAUCGGAUGGAGAGGUGCAUACUGGUACAUGUGCGCUUUCCACGGCUUCUUCAUGAUAGUUCUAGUCUUGACCUAUUACCCGCCAAAGUUUUCCACGAAGCACAGACACGACGGCAAGACCAAGAUGCAACUCGUCAAAGAGAUCGACUACAUUGGCUUGUUCCUGUUCAUUGCAGGCUGUGUGCUCUUCCUCCUUGGCAUCAACUACGGCGGUCGCCAGUAUCCGUGGAACAGCGCACACGUUAUCGCGCCCAUGGUAGUCGGCGUGCUCUGCUUAGUCGGACUCGGUUUCUACGAGGCGUAUGCGGACUUGCCCCUGCCAAUCAUGCCACCCAAAAUCUUCAAAAAGUGGAGAGAGGUUAUGAUGCUGUACGUUGUGUGUUUUGUCGGAGGGAUGCUGUACUAUUCAUUGAAUGUUACCUGGCCCCGUCAGUCCCAGCUUCUCUAUACCGGUCCCAACAAGAUCAUUCAAGGCCUCUACGCGGAACUCAUCCCACUCGGCUCCAUUGCUUCAGGGCUCUUAGUCGCCUUUGUCAUUCCGCGUAUCGGACACGAGCGCUGGACCUUGGUCACGAUAAUGAUCAUCGAAACUGCUCUCAUAGGCUCUAUGGCUUCACUCACAGUGGACAGUCGGAUCCAGGCCAUCGCUACGGUACCCUUCCUGAACAUCAGUGUCGCCACACCGCAGCUUAUGGUGUUCGCUAUGAUCAGUUUGGGUCUGGGCGAGGAGUUCAAAGACGAUAUUGGCUGCGCGGUAGGCCUUGCGGGCACCUUUCGGCUGCUUGGUGGAUCGGUCGCGACCGCCAUCUAUACUGCGAUCAACAAUAACACAUUCGCAAAGAAGCUUCCUAACGAAGUGCUAGCGGCCGCACCCGGGUUCUCCAAUAUGUCUGCUCUUAUCAAAGCCGCAGCACUGAACACAGCAGCGGCAUACAAGACUGUGCCGGGCAUCACAAAUGAGGUCAUCGCGGCGACGCAGAUGGCAGUCAAGGAGGCGUAUGUGCAGGCAUACAAAGUGACGUAUCUCAGUGCCCUAGGAUUCGGAGCUCUCGCUAUUGGUGCGGCAAUGAUGACGAAGAGCACUGAUAAGCACAUGAAGAACAACAAACGCAUAGUCAGGCUCGAGAACGAGAAGGUGAAAGAAGACGAGAUGGGCAUGGCUCCCGCAUAA